GCAGUGUUAUUCCAGUAUUUUCGCCCAUCUGUACAUAGCGCCAAUAUCUUGAAGCAUGCCAUCUAUCGAAACCAAGAAAGAUGGUGACCAAUUUGUGGUAGAAGCAGUUGAAUUCCUGUGGGAAGACCCUCCGCAUUCGAAGGCUAAGCCUAAGAGAUUCACUUUGAAGAAAGACGCGAGCAACGAAGUAAUAAUAGGGAGGAAAUUCUUUGGAAGCGACAAUACUGUAGUAGGCUCGAAGCAUGCAAUAUUGAAGUUCGAUGGGGUGAAAGUAUAUAUCACAGACACAGGAUCCAAAAACGGGACAUGGUCGAGUUCAGCGGGCGAACUUGUAUCAGGGAAAGCAUACGUGCUGAAAGAUGGAAGUACGAUAGUCUUUGGUGAAAAGCAUGAUAAGACUGAUAAGAGUCCUGACGCCAUUCGUGUAAGGAUCAACAUUCUCAAAUCCGAACCUAAGCCAAAACUCAAAUCGAUUCUCAAAGUCACAUCGGCCAAACAUGACGAUAAACUCAAGGUUCCCGCACCUCCAUUAGCAAGAUCUGUCACUCCUGAUACUUUGAAGCCUCCAGAUGACCCAAAAAAACACCGUCGGGUCGUUAGCUUGGAGAUUCCUUCUAAGAAAGACAAGCCCUCACCAGUGGAGGUCCCGGUACAACGACCAAUUCAGAAAGCUGUUGCUAGCACAGAACUCCAACGCGAAGUCAAGAUCCCCUGGUCUGAAACAUUUCGACUAGGUUUUGGCGUAGAUGCUCUCACCGGAGAAUCGAUGGCUGGUACUGCCAUAACAUCAUUCAAAAUGUCUGGUUCGCCGAGGCCUAAACAGGUGAAAACGUAUGUCGACACCUUGCAUUGGAACGGUAUCAAGUCUUUACAAGAUCAAUAUGAUAUCGAAAUCGGUGGAACUGUCAACGUCGCUCCCGCUUCUAUCUCGAUGAGCACCCGAAUAUCUUCACUUUUGUCGAAGAAUGCAUCAGCAUCGACGGUGCUGAUACAGUACAGAGUGAUCGGAGAAUUUGAACCAGAGUUCAUCCCUUCAAAUGUAGCGUUGCAGAAUGGUCUAAGCGAUCUUUCGGAAGACGACUUCCGAGAUAAAUACGGUGACUAUUACCUAGCAGGACGACAACGUGGAUAUGGCUGUCGGAUGGUCAUUGUUUAGUUGAUGAUAAAAGUGUAACUGACAAGGCGGAAGUUGAGGCUCAGGCCCUUGUGGAAAAUUUCUUUAAAGCUGGAGCGGGCCAUUCGAACGUCAAGUCUCGCUCGAAAAGUUGCAGUAUACUGCAUGUGAUGAUUGAAACGUACGGAUGUUCGGCGGAUG